AUGGAGGAGGACCCGUCCACCGACCUCACGGUGUUUCUCCUCGACAUCGCUAAGGAGACGCUACGUAAAUACGUCUUCAACAUACACUUCGGAGUGCAGCUGCUCAAAAAGUCAGGGAAAGCGCUCUGGUACAAUGGUCAGAUCCAGCACACGGCGCCCCUCGCGGUGACGCUGUACAACACGGCGCGUCUCCGAAACGUCACCAACGACGCCAACGCCGACUUCACCUUCGAAGUGACGGCGCGCGGAUCCGAGGAGCUCCACGCGGCAGCGGGAAGCGGUUCCGGCGUCCGGGAGGAGGACAUCCGCAGCCAGAACACGUACCGCACCCUCUUGCCCAAGGUGCUGCGGUCCAUCUUCUUUCCGCUCGUCUCCAGUCUCAUGUGCAGCAACUUCGUCAUUUUCCCGACCGCGGAGAGGGCACUUGGGGUCAAGCAGUUGCACGUGAUCUCCGGCCUGGGACCCAUCAUGUACUGGCUCAUCAACUUCGCCUUCGACUUCAUGUUCUACAUGGGCACGGCGUUGAUUGUGCUGCUGCCGCUGCCACUCGUACCCCUCACCACGCUGGCCACCGAAGACUUCCAACUUAUCUUCGUGCUCAACCUGCUUCACGGCUACGCUGCCCUUCCUACGAUCUACAUCUGCUCCUUCUUGUUCGACAGCCCGAUCACUGCUUACUCGGCGCUCGUCAUUAUCACCUUCGUCAUCUCGUCCGGGGGUAACUUGGCAGCGGUGUUCAUGGAGCACUUCGGAGAGGAUCUCCACAGCUCCUUCCUGAUCACGGUGGUCGAAGUGACCCUUCAGGUGCUGAGGCUCCUGCCCAAUCAGUCCUACUCUCGGGGCAUGACCAAGAUCAUCCAGCUGGCCAGGGAGAAGGGCAUCUGCCGCAAGGGAGGCCUGCAGCUCGAGAGCCACUGCCACACUAGGCAGGCACAGGGCAGACUGUCCCUGCUGCAGUGCUGCUUGCACCUCAACGCGCCGGACCCGUCCGAGUACGCCAUCAAGCCGCUGGACGUGAACCCGUACUCGGUCUUCUACGAGUUCGUGACGCUCACCGUCGAGGGCCCGGUACUGUUCGUGCUGCUGGUGUGGAUCGAAAUGUGGCUCCCGUCGGUGGACAUGUCGCUCAGCUCGCUAGACCCGAGCGUCUACCGGGAGGGCGUCCCCCCGACGGCCAAACCCACCCCCGCCGUCGGCAAGGCACUGGCCGGAAGCAAGAAGCCGGAAGACACGGACGUGAUGGUGGAGAACCAAGUGAUCGUCGGAUUGGUGAACAAUCCGUCGGCAUCGAGCGCAUCGCGGCCGCUGAUGAUUGUGAAUCGCCUCUUCAGGUCCUAUGGUUACUUGGAGAGCAAUCCAGUGCUGCAGGGUCUGAGCUUCACCGUUCGCGCUGGCGAGUGCUUCGGACUGCUGGGCGUCAACGGCGCGGGAAAGACGACCACGUUUCGCGUGCUCACGGGCGACAUUCUGCCGCACUACGGGGACGCCACGGUCUCCGGAUUCUCCAUCGUUCAUCAGACGAAGCACUGCCGGCGGUACCUCGGCUACUGCCCGCAGCGAGAUGGCCUGCUGGACAUGCUGACUGGCACCGAGACCCUGCUGCUCUUCGGCCGUCUCAAGGGCCUGAACAUCACGCCGCAGUACUUGCAAGUUCUCAUGCACAUCUUCCGGCUCCAGGAAAUCGCCGACCACCUCGUCGUCACGUACAGUGUUGGUAACCGGCGCAAACUGUCCAUCUGCGUCUCGAUGAUGGGAAUGCCGCGGAUGCUGCUGCUGGACGAGCCGUACGGCACGAUCGCCACCACGGCGCGUAAGCGCAUCGUCAACUACAUCAGCGAACUGCAGCGUGUCAGCAAGAUGUCCAUCCUGCUCAGCUCGCACAGCCUGUCGGACGUGGAAUUUCUGUGCAACCGGAUCGCCAUCAUGGGCGAAGGGCGGCUCCAGUGUCUCGGCUCCCUGACGCACCUGAAGGAAAAGUUCGGCAAGGGUUACACCAUCAGCGUGAAGACGUAUCCCGACAAGAAGCAGGACUUCGGAUACCAGCAGGAGGUAGCCGACGCCGUGUGCAAGGCCUUCCCCGAAGCCGAGAUGGUGCACAGUUGCGAGGGUCUCCUGGAGUUCCGCAUGUCGCACGUGGAGAUGCCCUGGAGCGAGAUGUUCACGCGCAUGGCGAAAAUCAAGCAGCGCUUCAAGCUCCAGGACUUCUUCAUCUCGGACACGUCACUGGAGCAGAUCUUCACGAGCGUCACGCGCAAGGAAGCGUUCGAGGCCGCAGCUGCGGCUGCAGCCGCCGCCCCGGCCUCCGUCGCACUGCCGCCCGUCCUGGGAGGAACGCUGGGAAUCUGA